CAUCAUACCAUCGACGAAAGCUGUAAUGGUAGGAUACAAGAAUCCACAAACAAAUAGAGCACGAAUGCACCGAAGCCAAACCUUUCGAUUCCUAUUCGCCACCGUUCUCGCUGCCAUCGUAAUGCUCGCUCAGACAACGAAUUCCCUCAGGGUAGCUGUUCUUGGUAGCGGCGUCGCUGGAUCGAGCGCCGCUCGGAUACUUGCCGAUCGUGGUGUUGAGGUCACGGUUUUCGAGGCCGGCUUUGGGAUUGGUGGAAGAACCUCGACCCGCAUCACAAGAGACGACGGUCGAUAUCAAUUCGACCACGGAGCGCAAUACUUAUCGGGUCCCAAGACCGAUACCUUUCGGGAAUGCCUCGAUGGCUGGAAAUCGGAAGGAUUUGUCAAAGAGUGGACCGGAAGCUUUGCAUCGGUCGACGGAUCUGGGGUAGAAGCCGAGGGACCAAAAAGCAAAGAACGAUGGGUUGGCUAUCCACGCAUGAAUUCCAUCUGUAGCAACAUGCUGCACCACAAAAACAUCCGGGUGAAACUCCAAACCCGUGCCGAUGCGGCACGCAACGAAGCCGGUAGUAAAUGGAACCUUAAAAAUGGGAAAACCGGAGAAGAUCUUGGGACGUUUGACUGGCUGAUAGCAAGCGAUCGAAACAGCGGAGCCCACCAUCGAAAGGAUUUGUCGUCGGCUGGCGUCGACGAAUUCAUAGUCGGCAUCAAGGACAUACAAUCGGUCAAAUCCCUAACUGCUAUGGUCGUCUUCGAGAAAUCCCUCGGCUUGCACCUGGACGGGGUGCAGUUCGAGGGGACCGAGGAUAAGCACGGAGCACUGGGAUGGGCGGCUCGCGAUACGUCCAAGCCGGGCCGCGAGCGGACCGAUGGGCGGGAAUGCUGGGUCUUGCAGAGCCACCCCAGUGCGGCGAAACGACUGCUGAAAGGAAAAUACAAGAUCGACGAGAUCCGAGAGAUGGCGAGGGACGUGCUGGUAGACGACUUUUUGAAGAGCCUGCCGCACCUGGCGGGUGGGAAUGGCCCGGACGAGAUUCCACCCAUCGUGUCGGCCGUGGGUCACCGAUGGGGAGCCGCGUUCCCCGUUCCUUCCCAGGAGUACACCGACGUGGAAUGCCAGCCAAUUGCUUCUAAGCAGUUUGUAGCGUGCGGCGAUUAUUUUGGGAAACUAUCGGGCAGAAUCGAGGGAGCUUAUCUCAGUGGCCGAUCGGCAGCGAAUGAAAUCCUUCGGCGGAACAAAGAACAGUUUAAAGAGUAGUAGUUGAUGUGCGAUGCUUGCAUGCAUCUCG